UGAUGCGUCGGUCCCACUCGAGUAAUCUGAAUUACGCUUCUUUGCGUUUUGUUUUCCCUCCUUUUCUGCGAUUGUGUAAAUAAGACGCUAUUUUAAUGGUAUAAGCUUUUGUUAUUCGGCAAAUUGUACUGAUUCAUUAUUGUGUACUUUCCGAAAUUUAGAAUGCGUAAAAUAUCAAAAAGUCGUGCAGAUGAUGAUGUUGUUUCAUCUACUAAUGGAUCCGGGUCGCUUGGUAAUGAAGAUCAAGAGGCUGAUCAGAGUGUGGAGCGUGAAGUAAAAUCUGGAUCUAAAGAUAAAGACAGUAUAAAUGAUGAACAUUCAGAUGGUUCCAAAGAACCAGUGACUAGCAAAACAAAAAACAAAUCCAAAAAACGCAGAUCAGGGAAAAAUAACAAAACGAAUGAUGAUGACGAUCUAACUGAUUCUGAUUUGAAGCAAAAUGAUGAUACAGUUGAUGACGACAAUUCAGAUGAAUCCAAAGAAACACCUAAAAAAACACCUAAAAGCAAAAUUAAGGCCAAAUCCAAAAAGAGGAAAUCUGGACGGGACAGUAAGAAGAAUGUAGCUGAAGAAGAAGAAUAUGAGGUUGAAAGAAUUGUUGAUUCUAAGAGGAUUAAAGGAAAACUUCAUUAUUUGAUUCGUUGGAAGGGAUACAGUGCAGAUAGUGACUCUUGGGAACCACAUGAUACAUUAUCUUGCCCUGAUGUUAUAAAUAAAUUUAAUGAAGAAAAAGAAAAUCCUCCAAAAAAAAGUAAUAAGAGGAAAGCGACAAAGAAAGAGACAAAAGUUCCAGCCAAACGAGCAAAAUCUAACUGGGACAGUGAAAAUGCUGAUGAAAAUGCUGAAUAUGAAGUAGAACGCAUUUUGGAAGUUCAUCAUAAGAAGAAUGGAGACAGGGAAUUUUUAAUCCAUUGGAAGGGAUGGUCUAGCAAAUUUGAUUCUUGGGAACCAGAGAAGAAUUUAAAUUGUCCCGAUUUAAUCAAGAGAUUUAUGGAUAAGGUGAGUGUCGCACGUACGACGACGGGAAGAAGUUUGCGUGUCGCGCCGGAAACCACGAAUCGGUUCACAUUACAAGAUCCUUCAUCUGGACGUCGUCUUAGCAAACGCAGAGGACAAAGACAAAGAGUGCGGUAUGAUAACGCUGAAUGAGACAUUUAUAAUAGAAAAUAGCAACGCCCUUUAAGUGCGAGCAACUGUCGCAAAUCUACGAGAUCAGAGAUUUUAAAAGUUUCAGUGGUUGCUAAAUAUUAGGCUUGAUGUCGCUUAUUGGUCAAAAUAACCUCGUUUGAUAUGUAUUGUAUUCAUGUAUUCAUGUCCUAAUGUUCAGCACAUAUUAUA